ACGUGGGGUGGGGGGAGAAGGAGAUUAGAUGGCAUUUUUUCAUUCAGAGGCUCCUCAGGGCUUGUAACUGAGGCCAGGUUAAUGGAAUUAAUCCAGAAGGAACUGGGUAAGUAGCUAAACAGUAAAGCUCUUAGGAGAUGAGAGAAGAGAGCUGAAAUAUAGGAUUAAAUAAAAGGCGCACAAUGAGCUGAAUGGCCUGCUUCUGUGCAGAACAUUUUCAUGUUUUAAAAUCUAAAACAUCACUGCAAUUAAGAGGAAAUAUGUGUGUAGGCAAGAGAGGAGUAGAGAGGUAGGUGUGGGGUGGAGGGGGCAGCUCCUGAGAAAGCAUUAGGAGGGUUGGAGACUCGUGUCUUGUGUUGAUUUGCUUGAUGUUGUGACCGAUCCCAUGAAUUCCUCUCCACCGCUUUGUUCCAAGGCAGGGCCGAGAGAGAUGGAGCAGGAGAAGGGGUCACACUACAAGAAGCCCAGCAAUGGGGUGGAGAACGCAGCGUUUGAGAUCUCAGAGGACCCUGCUGGGCACGCCUCAAAGGACCCAUAUUCACACGACUCACCGCCUCUCUCUUCCUGGAAGAAAAAGAAGCCCAAGUUUGUGAGACACAUGUCUCAGAAUAUCAAAGGAGCAAAGUUGUUCUAUGAAAGCCACUCCACUGUAUUCAAACGCGUUGUCCUGGGUAUCCUGCUGGCAGGUUUCGUCGCGUUUCUCAUCACCGCCUGUGUGAUGAGCUUCCAGCGAGCUCUCGCCCUCUUUGUGAUGACCUGUUUGGUUUUGGUUAUCAAAAUUUAUGAGCUCAUCAAAAAGCUGUGGGGCAAACGCAUAGUCAGACUCUUCCAGCCUGUGUCUAAGGUUUUCAAGAAUAACUCCAAAUGGCUUCAAUGGAUCUUUGCCUUGUUGGCGUUGGGAGGCCUUGUGGCUUGGCUCGCGAUCGACACAGCGAAAAGGCCGGAGCAGCUCAUCUCCUUCGGUGGUUUGUGCAUGUUCAUCAUCAUCCUCUUCGUUUUCUCCAGUCACCCUGGACAGGUGUCGUGGAGGGCAGUGGGCUGGGGGCUGGGCUUACAGUUCUGUCUCGGCCUCUUCAUCAUCAGAACAGAACCUGGAUUUGCAGCAUUUGACUGGCUGGGCCUCCAGAUUCAGAUAUUUCUGGAUUACACAAAAGCGGGGUCAGGCUUUGUGUUCGGAGAAGCCCUGAUAGCUGACGUGUUUGCUUUCCAGGCUUUACCAAUAGUUAUCUUCUUCAGCUGUGUGAUGUCCAUCCUCUAUUACCUUGGUCUGAUGCAGUGGCUGAUUCUUAAGAUCGCGUGGCUGAUGCAAAUAACAAUGGGCACCGCGCCCACCGAGUCACUCAGUGUCGCUGGCAACAUAUUUGUGGGUCAGACGGAGGCUCCACUUCUGAUCCGACCUUAUCUGCCCGAAAUGACAAAGUCCGAAAUUCACGCUGUGAUGACCGGAGGUUACGCCACGAUUGCGGGCAGCGUGCUCGGAGCGUACAUCUCCUUUGGGAUCAGUGCGUCCGGAUUGAUCGCAGCCUCAGUGAUGGCAGCACCAUGUGCCCUCGCCCUGUCCAAACUCAGCUACCCCGAGGUCGAGGAGUCCAAGUUCAUGACUGAGGAAGGAGUGAAAAUAGAUUGCGGAGACGCACAGAACAUUCUGGAAGCUGCAAGUAAUGGUGCCUCAGACUCCAUUUGCCUGGUGGCUAACAUUGCCGCCAACCUCAUCGCCUUUUUAGCCAUUCUGGAGUUUUUGAAUGCUGGGCUCUCCUGGAUCGGUGGCAUGGUGGACUACCCAGAACUUACCUUUGAGCUCAUCUGCUCUUACAUCUUCAUGCCCAUCGCCUUCAUGAUGGGUGCCGAGUGGAAAGAUGCCUCUGUCAUGGCGGAGCUGAUCGGCGUCAAGCUCUUUCUGAACGAGUUUGUGGCUUUUAAGAGGCUCUCUCUAUACCAGGAGAACCGUCUGAACGGUCUAGAGGAAUACCUCAAUGGGAAAAAGCAGUGGAUCACUCCCAGAACAGAAACGAUCGCUACGUACGCUCUCUGUGGCUUUGCUAACUUCAGCUCCAUUGGCAUCAUGCUCGGAGGCCUCUCCUCCAUGGCUCCACAACGCAAGGGUGACAUGGCACAGUUGGUCAUUCGCGCCCUCUUCACAGGAACCUGCACAUCUUUGCUAAAUGCGUGUGUAGCAGGAAUUCUCUACGUGCCUCGGGGGUCUGUGGACUGUGUCUCCUUCCUCAAUGGCAGCCUGUUCAACACUGCCAGCAGUGAGCUGUUUGGGUGCUGUCAGGAUCUCUUCAGCAGUGCGGUGAGCACUGGGAACGGCACCUGGUCUUUCGAUGGGCAAUGGAACACUGUAGCGGAGAGCCCCAAGUUUAUGACUAAUUGCUGUGGCUUGUACAACAAUACUGUAUGUUUUCAGUAAACACAGGACUGUUCUUACCCGUUCUUGUAAAUAAGACAGAAUGAACUGGCGAACAUUUACUUCAGAAAGAAUAACAGGACCCGAAUCAGUGGCCCGAAAUUUUUCACCAUGUCAGCCUUGAGACCAUUUCCUUCCAGUUUGUACAGAAGUGGAAAGUUCCAGCCCUAACGUGGGAGCCAUGAUUUCCACACUUCUUGAAAAACAGUUUCCAGAUUAACAAUGACUUUAGGAAUAUAGGAACAUAGGAACUGUUCUCCCCCCCACCUUCCCUGCGCCCCCAACCAUUCAAUGCCUUGUAAGUGAAUAUCUCUGUCCGUAUAACCCAGUGGUGAUGGAUUCCAUGAAGACAACAACAACUUGUGUUUAUAUAGCGCCCUUCACUCGGGGCAGCUUCUUGGAGCGCUUAACAGUGGCGGAGCCUGACACAGAGCCAGAGGCAGUGACCAUAAGCAUGGACAAAUAGGAAGGUCUUCAGUCAUGAUGUAAAAGAGGGGAAGGAUGGGGCAUGGAUUGGGGGAGAAAGUUCCAAGGUUUCGGGGCAUAGUGGCUGGAAAUACGGCUGCUGAUGGUGAAGCAUCAAAGGUACACAAGCCUCAGAUACAAUACCUCACAGGGUCACAAUUCCUCCAGCCACCCACCCUAACAUCCCCCCAUCACAGCAUUGAGCUGCUUUUAUUAUGACUCCCAGUGCCCUGACCUCAAACCACCCUUCCUGGUAACCCUGUUCCAAUUGUUAAUUCCCUUCUGUAUGAAGACUGUACUGAUAAUUACAGAUAUUUAUAAAAGUGUGGCAACAUGAAGUAUGUUAUGAUGUAACUGAUUGAUGCCAGAUUAAAGUUAUAAACAUAA